GGAGGGCGGACGAAGGGGAGAGGGAGAAGAGGCGGACCAUUUCUGCAGGGCAGGAAUUAGUUUGUUGUUCCUAAACCCUGAAGGAGGUCCUGGCAUGCGGGUUUGAGCUCGAUCCGGUAAUCGUCAGAGGCCACGAGAAAAUCUGCCGCGUCUGACAUCGAGUGCAUGACGUAAUUGAUAUAUAUAAUGUUGUGCAAUUUUUUCCUCCCUUCCGGUCGGGAAUGCUGAAGGAUUUGUAGGUCUUGGCAGACUUAGAGCACCAGAGAAUUGUCGAUCAGGCAUUGAAGCAAUUUGCGGGUGAGAUUAUAACUCUGGAAAGUGGCAAAAUUCAAGAGUUGAUUUCGUGGCGCGGAGUCUGGAAACUUUGGGCUUCCAAUGGAUCUGCUUAAUUGAGGAGCUCACGUUUUGGAGUGACCAGUUUGAAUGGGGAGGACUCCCGGCAAGUGAGCAGUUAGGGCACUGAGUCUGCCAUACAGGAACGUGUACAUUAGAAUAACGCAGAUUUGCGAGGUCACAAAAGCGCAAGGCAGGAAGUUGUAAACUUCUUGCCAAAAUGGCGAGUCUAGCAGUCGGGUUGAUUCUUGAAAAGAUUGCCUCGAAGGAUAAGGACUUCAGGUACAUGGCCACGUCGGAUCUUCUGAACGAGCUGCAGAAAGAUUCUUUCAAAGCCGAUUCUGACACAGAGCGCAAGGUUACACAGAUAGUUCUUCAGCAGCUGGAUGAUGCAUCCGGCGACAUAUCAGGACUUGCAGUGAAAUGCCUAGCACCUCUUGUGAAGAAGGUCAACGAAAACCGAGUGGUCGACAUUGCGGAUUCCCUCUGCAACCGUUUGCUCACAGGCAAGGAGCAGCAACGCGAUAUUGCCAGCAUCGCCUUAAAGACAGUGGUAGCUGAAAUUUCAAGCGGCACAUGUGCACAGUCCCUCGUGGUUUCACUGACCCCCAAGCUUAUCAAAGGAAUCACCUCACCGGAUACGAGCACCGAAGUGAAGAGCGAGUGCCUCGACAUCUUGUGUGAUGUGCUCCACCGAUUUGGAGGGUUAAUGACUGCUGAUCAUGAGAAAUUACUCAAUGCGCUUCUCGUACAACUCAACCUACAGCGGGCUGGGUUACGAAAGCGAGCCAUUCAGUGUCUCGCAACGCUCGCGGCUAGUAUGUCCGACGACCUGUUAGCAAGAGCGACGAUCAGCGUUGUCCAAAUUUUGAAGAACAAAGAUGUGAAGCCAGACAUGACCCGGACGAAUAUUCAAAUGAUAGGCGCUUUUUGCCGUGCAGUUGGCUAUCGAUUCGGUCCUCAUCUGAAUGAGGUUGUGCCACUAUUAAUCAGCUAUUGUGAGACCGCGUCCGAAAAUGAUGACGAGCUUAGGGAAAAUAGCUUACAGGCGCUCGAGAGUUUUGUGCUGCGUUGUCCUCGCGAUGUCUCUGAACACACUGGCACUAUACUGAAUCUUGCUUUGGAGUAUCUGAGUUACGAUCCAAAUUUCACCGACGAUAUGGACGAAGAUCUAAACGAGGACAUGGAUGGAGAUGAAGAGGAGGACGAGGAGAGCGCGGAUGAAUACAGUGAUGAUGAGGAUGUCAGCUGGAAAGUUCGAAGAGCAGCUGCAAAGUGCCUUUCAGCAGUUAUAUCGUCUCGUCCUGAACUACUGUCUACUCUAUACAGUAAGGCUAGCCCGAAGUUGAUUGAAAGGUUCAGGGAGAGAGAAGAAAAUGUGAAGAUUGACGUAUUCAACGCAUUUAUUGAUCUACUUCGUCAAACUGGGAGCGUCACGAAAGGUUCUGGGGACCCAACAAAAGGAGGAAGCCCUUUGUAUAUGUUGCAGCAAGAGGUGCCCAAGGUCGUGAAGUCCCUCAACAAGCAGUUGCGAGAAAAGUCUGUGAAGACGAAGGUUGGCGCGUUUUCGGUUUUGAAGGAGCUAGUAAUUGUGCUACCGAAUUGCCUCUCCGACCACAUGACUUCUUUAGUUCCUGGAAUCGAAAAGGCACUCAAUGACAAGUCAUCAAAUUCGAACUUGAAAAUUGAGGCUCUAGUCUUUGUGCGCCUUGUCAUGGCUUCUCAUUCUCCUUCGGUCUUUCAUCCACACAUCAAGGCAUUGUCCGUACCAGUCCUUUCCUCUGUCAGUGAGCGCUACUACAAAGUCACUGCAGAAGCUCUCAGGGUAUGCGGGGAGCUUGUGAAGGCCAUCCGCCCCACCUUGGAUAAGCCAGCAGAUUUUGUUUUUGCUCCUUACGUCCAACCUAUAUACAUCGCUAUAUUCAAGCGUCUGACGGCCCAAGAUCAGGAUCAGGAAGUAAAGGAAUGUGCCAUAUCUUGUAUGGGUUUGGUCAUUUCUAUACUUGGUGACCAGUUGAAGAAAGAGCUUGGGACUUGUUUGCCGCUUCUUUUAGAGAGAUUGCGCAAUGAGAUAACUCGUCUUACUGCUGUCAAGGCUUUUGCAACUAUAGCGGAGUCUCCGUUGAAAAUAGAUCUAUCAUCCGUAUUGGAGCAAGUCGUUACCGAGCUAACCACGUUCUUGCGGAAGGCUAAUCGGGCCCUGCGACAAGCUUCUCUUGGGACUCUCAACGCUCUUCUCACUGCCUAUAGUAACAAGAUCAGCCCUUCCAGCUAUGAGUCAAUUAUCACAGAGCUUUCCUCUCUAAUCAGUGAUGCAGAUCUGCACAUGACGGCACUAGCUUUGGAACUUUGUUGCACAAUGAUGCUGGACAAGCAACAUCAUAUGAAUGCUGGUGCUGCCGUUCGAGAGAGAGUUCUUCCCCAAGCUCUUAUCUUGGUCAAGAGCUCAUUACUGCAGGGUCAAGCUUUGCAGACUUUGCAGGGCUUUUUUGCCGCGCUAGUUCAGUCAGCGAACACUAGUUUUGAUACUUUGCUCGAAGCAUUGUUGUCAACUGCCAAGAGUUCUGGCUCACCUGGUGGACCUGCAAGCAAGCAAGCAUUUCAUUCAAUUGCCCAGUGCGUAGGGGUUUUGUGCCUUGCUGCCGGAGAUGCAAAAUGCUCAUCAACUGUGGCCAUGUUGAUCAACUGUUUAAAAGGAGGCGUUGGUAACGACGCCACAACUCUUUUAUCCUUGCUUUGUCUAGGAGAGAUUGGCAGAAGGAAAGAUCUGAGCCCGCAUGUGAAUAUAGAAGGUGUGGUAAUUGGAUCUUUCCAAUCUCCAUCCGAAGAGAUCAAAGCAGCUGCAUCCUAUUCUCUUGGAAAUAUUGCUGUCGGGAACCUAUCUAAGUAUUUACCCUUCAUACUGAGUCAGAUCGACACUCAAUCGAAAUUGCAAUAUUUAUUACUGCACUCUUUGAAGGAGGUGAUAGCCCGGCAGUCACUGGACGAGGUUGGAAAGGUCGAGUUUCAGGAGACAGAUGUGCAAAAAAUACUCUCCCUUCUUUUCACCCAUUGCGAGAGCGAGGAAGAAGGGGUUAGGAAUGUCGUGGCGGAGUGUUUGGGAAAACUUGCUCUCAUUGAACCCGAAAAGUUGGUGCCUGCUUUGAAGGAACGGACUGCUAGUUCUUCAGCCUUCACGAGAGCAACUGUUGUUAUCGCUAUCAAAUACACAAUUGUCGAGCGGCCUCAACCCAUAGAUGCUUAUGUGAAGCCGUGCAUAGCAUCUUUUCUGAUGCUCAUCAAAGAUGAUGACAGGCAUGUGAGACGUGCAGCUGUAUCUGCCUUGAGCACUGCUGCUCAUAACAAACCUGGUCUGGUUAAGGACCUCCUUCCAACUCUUCUGCCUCUCCUUUAUGACCAAACUGUUGUCAAGAAAGAACUUAUAAGGACUGUUGACUUAGGACCCUUCAAGCAUACUGUAGAUGAUGGAUUAGAGCUCAGAAAAGCCGCUUUCGAGUGUGUGGAUACGCUUCUUGACAAUUGUCUUGAUCAAAUUGAUCCUUCCGUUUUCAUCACUCCCCAUCUCCUGUCAGGAUUAUCAGAUCACUAUGAUGUGAAGAUGCCAUGCCAUCUGAUCCUUUCGAAACUAGCAGACAAGUGCGGAUCUGCUGUUUUGGCAGUACAAGACGCACUAGUGGAACCACUAGAGAAGACGGUGACGAACAAGACAAAGCCAGAUGCUGUCAAACAAGAGGUGGAUCGCAAUGAGGACAUGAUCAGAAGCACUUUACGAGCCAUCGAAUCUCUUCAUCGGAUCAGCAGUGGAGAACCCAGUACGAGAUUCAAAACAUUCAUGAACAAUGUAGUGAAAUCUGGAUCAUUAGCGGAGAAAUACAAUGCCGUACGACAUGAAAGCGACUCUAUGGUCGGAGCUGGAGAUAUCAUGGACAUGAGUUAAAUUUUAUUUAUCCCAGUACCCGAAGAAGAGAGCUGCUAAUCAACACCUAUUUCAGGAAGAUAGAUCUCACAUUACAGAGGGGUGGUGGUGUUAGCUGUCAACGGUACAUAUGCUCCGUUAUUCAUAUGGUGGUCAGGAUACCCGUCUGUAAUUUAGAUCAACAAUUCCAGCUCUAGACUGUUUUUGUAGGUCGCAGGAGUCUCCAUCCUGUUCUGGGUGUGGUCCUAUAUUGCUCAAGUAUGAGCUCAUUGAGGGUUUUAUCUUGCAGCGUUACAGUUUUACGGUUGCCGCAGAUUCCAUGGGCUCAAUGGGGUGGGUAGAUUGUUGAAAGUGAAACAAACAGUUGGGCGCACUCAUUGGGUUUCUCGCUGGCAAUCUCUCACUAGAUUGAAGCAUGGUCACAGAGUGUGACUGACUGCCAGGACAUCGAGUCCUCAACUGUGUUUCUCUCUUGUACUGGCUUGGAUGAAGUGGUUUGCAGCGUCUAGUUGAUAUUCCCAAUUUUGGAACAUAUUGACCGGGAUCGUGUUGCGUGGUAGCAAUGACCGUGUUACAGAAAGCUUAGGCCACCUUGAGCACAGGACGGCAUAUGAAAGUAAGAAGGAUGCUUCGUGAGAACCUUCUCUGAGUGUGCAUACCAAGGUGUGUGUGCAUCUUAUACUUUCAAACACCUUCCCCUGCGCAAGGGGUUUGGAAAGAAACAUGCAGCAGGCUAUCUAGUUUGAAUGACUUUCUACGAGGGGAAAUGUCAUUUUUGUAAUGUAUUACCGCCUCCAGUUUGGGACUGUAAUGCACUCUCAGUUUUGACAAAAGUACUGGGAUUCUGUUCCUUAAGCAAG